AUGGACGGGACAGAGAGGAGUCGGAAGAGCUGCGCUGCUUCGCAGGCUGAGCCGGAUGAGGCGCAACAGCCCAUGAUGGAACUCAAUGGAAAGGAGAAGACUGACUCGCCGUCAGAUAGAGUCACGCUUAAAAAAGAAAUCGGACUCCUCAGCGCAUGUGCCAUUAUUAUUGGUGAGGAAAAUAAAACAGCUUUAUCAUAGCCUACUUCUUAUGAUAAAUGUGUACACAGUGCGGUUGAAAGAGUAGCAAGGCUGUGGAAAUGUGGUUGACUGGGCUGACGGUCUAUUGAGGAUUAAAGGAGAGUAGGAUGGACUCUUAUCUGGUUUCUGUUCCUUCCGCUUCAUUUCAGACAGAGUUGGGUCUAGGUAUGGCGUUGAUAUCCCGUUAUUUAGCCUACUAUAUUACUGAUAGAUAAUUGUCUACGGAGAAAACUAGCUCUAUGGCGCAACAUUACGCACGGACACAUUUAGUGGUUCAUGAAGUCUAAUCGUUACCAUUGAGGCUAUAGCUUUAAUGGUAAUGUACCUGCUUCUGAAUAUCGGAGUAUCUCUGAAUAGGCUACAGGUUCUGGUCGACGUAAGGAAACUCUCGGCGAUGUUGCAUCAUCUGAUAAUGGUAGUACGGGACUUCAGGGCUGCUGUAUUGUACUGACAAUGCUUACGUGGCUGGAUAUCUCUCCUCUGAUCUCAGUGUGAUGAAGUAUGGCCAACUCGACCCUGGCAGCGUACAAUACAACACGCUGGUGGACUUUAUGAAUGGUCACCUGAUCUGGAGGGCGAUCUAGGUAGUGAACUGACAGUGUUCAAUUUAGCUGUUGCGGAAAAAACCUAUAUGGUCUCUGAUGAUGACGUUAAAGAUAAGGUCAUUAUUGAUCAAAUAUCACAUUUAGGGUAUUAUUUAAAAAGUAUCCUAAUGUUAUUGAACACCUAUUAAUCAACUCUUUAGACACUGUAUUUAUAAUUGAACUCGUAUUAUUCCACUUUAGACACACCAUGUAUUUAUUGGUGUUCUUUGUACAUUAAUUGUAGGCUAAUUGAAGAUAGCUGUGUUAUUACCACGCUGUAAUAGCAGCUCAUUAGUCUGAAAUGUAUUUGUAGGAAAUCGUGGUCCUCUGUAGCUCAGCUGGUAGAGCACGGCGCUUGUAACGCCAAGGUAGUGGGUUCGAUCCCCGGGACCACCCAUACACAAAAAUGUAUGCACGCAUGACUGUAAGUCGCUUUGAAUAAAAGCGUCUGCUAAAUGGCAUGUUAUUAUUAUUAUUAUUAUUAAAUCAGCCCACUCUCAAGUCUAUUUCUUAUCUACAUGUUGUUGUUACAGCCUGAAUUUAAAACUAAUUAAAUAAAUAAAACAUUCUCACCCAUCUGCACAUGAUACCCCAUAAUGACAAAGAGAAAACAUGUUUUUAGAUUUUUUUUUCUCCAAAUGUAUUGAUAAAGAAAUACUGAAAUAUCUAAUUUACAUAAGUAUUCACACCCCUGAGUCAAUACUUUGUAGAAGCACCUUUGGUGGCAAUUACAGCUUUGAGUCUUCUUGGGUAUGUCUGCACCAGCUUAGCGUCUAGAUUUGGGGAUUUUCUCCCAUUCAUCUUUGCAGAUUUUCUCAAGCUCUGUUAAGUUAGAUGGGGAGUGGGCGGUGAACAGCAAUCUUCAAGUCUUUCCACAGAUUUUCAAUGGGAUUCAAGUCUGGGCUUUGGCCACUCAAGGACUUUCACAUUCUUGUUCUGAAGCCAUUCCAGCGUUGCUUUGGCUGUAUUGCUUGGGGUCAUUGUCUUGUUGGAAUGUAAAUCUUCACCCCCCAGUCUAAGGUCGUUUGCACUCUGAAGCAGGUUCUCAUCAAGGAUUUGUCUGUUUUUGGCUCCAUUCAUUGUUCCCUCUAUCCUUACCAGUCUCCCAGUCCCUGCCGCUGAAAAGCAUCCCCAAUAGCAUGAUGCUGCCACCACCAUGCUUCACGGUAGGGAUGGUGUUAGAUAGGGUGAUGAGCUGUGCCAGGUUUUUUCCAGACACAGCGGUUUGCAUUCAGGCCAAAGAGAUAAUUUCUGUCUCACCAGACCACAGGAUCUUUUGCCUUAUGAUCUCAGACUCUUUCAUGUGUCUUUUUGCAAACUCCAAGCGUGCUGUCAUGUGCCUUUUUUCUCAGGAGUGGCUUCCGUCUGGCCACUCUCCCAUAAAGCCCAGAUUGGUGAAGUGCUGUAGAGACUGUUGUCCUUCUGGCAGGUUCUCCCAUCUCAGCCAAAGAACUCUGUAGUUCUGUCAGAGUGGCCUUUGGGUUCUUGGUCACCUCCCUGACCAAGGUCCUUCUAGCCCAGUUGCUCAGUUUGGUCGGAGAGCCAGCCUCUAGGCAGACUCGGGGUAGUUCCAUAUUGUUUCCAUUUCCCAAUGAUGGAGGCCACUGUGCUCUUGGACAUUUUCAACACUCUAGAAAUGGUUUUAUACCCUUCCCCAGAUAUAUGCCUCAUCAGGCAGAUGGUUUUCUACCCUUCCCCAGAUAUAUGCCUCAUCAGGCAGAUGGUUUUUCUACCCUUCCCCAGAUAUAUGCCUCAUCAGGCAGAUGGUUUUCUACCCUUCCCAGAUAUAUGCCUCAUCAGGCAGAUGGUUUCAUACCCUUCCCCAGAUAUAUGCCUCAUCAGGCAGAUGGUUUUCUACCCUUCCCCAGAUAUAUGCCUCAUCAGGCAGAUGGUUUCAUACCCUUCCCCAGAUAUAUGCCUCAUCAGGCAGAUGGUUUUCUAUCCUUCCCCAGAUAUAUGCCUCAUCAGGCAGAUGGUUUUCUACCCUUCCCCAGAUAUAUGCCUCAUCAGGCAGAUGGUUUUCUACCCUUCCCCAGAUAUAUGCCUCAUCAGGCAGAUGGUUUUCUACCCUUCCCCAGAUAUAUGCCUCAUCAGGCAGAUGGUUUUCUACCCUUCCCCAGAUAUAUGCCUCAUCAGGCAGAUGGUUUUCUACCCUUCCCCAGAUAUAUGCCUCAUCAGGCAGAUGGUUUUCAUACCCUUCCCCAGAUAUAUGCCUCAUCAGGCAGAUGGUUUCAUACCCUUCCCCAGAUAUAUGCCUCAUCAGGCAGAUGGUUUCAUACCCUUCCCCAGAUAUAUGCCUCAUCAGGCAGAUGGUUUUCUACCCUUCCCCAGAUAUAUGCCUCAUCAGGCAGAUGGUUUUCUACCCUUCCCCAGAUAUAUGCCUCAUCAGGCAGAUGGUUUUCUACCCUUCCCCAGAUAUAUGCCUCAUCACGGAGAUCUACGGACAGUUCCUUGGACUUCAUGGUAUAGUUUCUGCUCUGACAUGCAACUGUCAACUGUGGGAUUAUUCUAUUAUACUGUAAAUGUUUUAUCCAUUAUUCAUUAUUUAUGCCUUAGACUACACUAACAAUGAUCUGUCCCGUUUCAUUAUUUAUGCCUUAGACUACACUAACAAUGAUCUGUCCUGUUUCAUUAUCUAUGCCUUAGACUACACUAACAAUGAUCCGUCCCAUUUCAUUAUCUAUGCCUUAGACUACACUAACAAUGAUCCGUCCCAUUUCAUUAUUCAUGCCUUAGACUACACUAACAAUGAUCUGUCCCGUUUCAUUAUUCAUGCCUUAGACUACACUAACAAUGAUCUGUUCCCCGUUUCAUUAUUCAUGCCUUAGACUGCACUAACAAUGAUCUGUCCCGUUUCAUUAUCUAUGCCUUAGACUACACUAACAAUGAUCUGUCCCCGUUUCAUUAUUUAUGCCUUAGACUACACUAACAAUGAUCUGUCCCGUUUCAUUAUUUAUGCCUUAGACUACACUAACAAUGAUCUGUCCCCCGUUUCAUUAUUUAUGCCUUAGACUACACUAACAAUGAUCUGUCCCCCGUUUCAUUAUUUAUGCCUUAGACUACACUAACAAUGAUCUGUCCCGUUUCAUUAUUUAUGCCUUAGACUACACUAACAAUGAUCUGUUCCCCGUUUCAUUAUUCAUGCCUUAGACUACAUUAACAAUGAUCCGUCCCAUUUCAUUAUUUAUGCCUUAGACUACAUUAACAAUGAUCUGUCCCAUUUCAUUAUUUAUGCCUUAGACUACACUAACAAUGAUCUGUCCCCGUUUCAUUACUUAUGCCUUAGACUACACUAACAAUUAUCUGUCCCGUUUCAUUAUUUAUGCCUUAGACUACACUAACAAUGAUCUGUCCCGUUUCAUUAUUUAUGCCUUAGACUACACUAACAAUGAUCUGUCCCGUUUCAUUAUUUAUGCCUUAGACUACACUAACAAUGAUCUGUUCCCCGUUUCAUUAUUCAUGCCUUAGACUACAUUAACAAUGAUCCGUCCCAUUUCAUUAUUUAUGCCUUAGACUACAUUAACAAUGAUCUGUCCCAUUUCAUUAUUUAUGCCUUAGACUACACUAACAAUGAUCUGUCACCGUUUCAUUACUUAUGCCUUAGACUACACUAACAAUUAUCUGUCCCGUUUCAUUAUUUAUGCCUUAGACUACACUAACAAUGAUCUGUCCCGUUUCAUUAUUUAUGCCUUAGACUACACUAACAAUGAUCUGUCCCGUUUCAUUAUUCAUGCCUUAGACUACACUAACAAUGAUCUGUCCCGUUUCAUUAUUCAUGCCUUAGACUACACUAACAAUGAUCUGUCCCGUUUCAUUAUUUAUGCCUUAGACUACACUAACAAUGAUCUGUCCCCCGUUUCAUUAUUUAUGCCUUAGACUACACUAACAAUGAUCUGUCCCGUUUCAUUAUUUAUGCCUUAGACUACACUAACAAUGAUCUGUCCCGUUUCAUUAUUUAUGCCUUAGACUACAUUAACAAUGAUCUGUCCCGUUUCAUUAUUUAUGCCUUAGACUACACUAACAAUGAUCUGUCCCCUGUUUCAUGAUCUAUGCCUUAGACUACACUAACAAUGAUCUGUUCCGUUUCAUUAUUUAUGCCUUAGACUACACUAACAAUGAUCCGUCCCGUUUCAUUAUUUAUGCAUUAGACUACACUAACAAUGAUCUGUCCCGUUUCAUUAUUUAUGUAUUAGACUACACUGACAAUGAUCUGUCUCCUGUUUUAUUAUUUAUGCAUUAGACUACAUUAACAAGGAUCCGUCCCGUUUCAUUAUAAAAUCUCAAUAGUCAUUCAUGCUGUACAAGGUCCACAUUCUAAAUAAGGAUCCUAUCUUGUGAUAUCCUUCUGAUCUCAUGAUGUCUUGAGAUGAUUUCAACAACCUCUUGACUUAGAACGUAUGGAUGUGCUUGCUAUAGAACACCUUGUUUUGAUCAAGCUAAAGACAAACUGAGCCAGUAUUACUUAAAGGCCUUGUUGCAAACAGAAUAGAUGAUUUAGAGAGAAUGGUUUAACAUAGGCUUCUUUCUUUUCACUUUUUCAUACAAGCCCAGUAAUGCAACGCUAACCCUGGGACAGAGUUUUAAUUUUCAGCGGGUUAAUUAAACACAUUUUAAAUGCCAAAGACUACAGAAUGGCUUUCCAAGAGGUGCUGAGUGUUUCCUGAAUGGUCCAGCCAGUCUCAGUCCAGACUUAAAUCUACCUGAAAAUCCGAGACAAGGUUUGAAUUUUGCUGUUCGUCAAUGAUUCUCAACCAUAUGUACUGAGCUUGAUCAAUUGUGACAAAAAACAAUGAAUAUAUGUUGCCCCCCGAGGGUUGGUAGAAUCGUAAUGAAAAUGACUCACAGCUGUAAUGGGCCAAAUGGGCUUCCACCAAGUAUUAACUCUGUGGUGUGAAGGCAUAUACAAUCAGUACAUCUUAAUUCUGUAUGUGCUGAACAAAAAUAUCAAUGCAACAUGUAAAGUGUUGGUCCCAUGUUUCAUGAGCUGAAAAAAAAAAAUACAUACAAAAAUUCCAUAUGCACAAAAAGCUUAUUUCUCUCUAAUUUUGCUGAGGAGUAUUUCUGUCUGUAAUAAAGGCCUUUUGUGGAAAACAACCCCCUUCCUCCCCCAAUACAGAACUACCCCCCCUCCCUCCCCCAAUACAGAACACCCCCCCUCCCUCCCUCAAUACAUAACACCCCCCUCCCUCCCCCAAUACAGAACUACCCCCCCCUCCCUCCCCCACAACAGAACACCCCCCUCCCUCCCCCACUACAGGCAGAUCCAAUGUCUGACAGUCGACAUCAACCCACGGUCUGACAGUCGACAUCAACCCACGGUCUGACAGUCGACAUCAACCCACGGUCUGACAGUCAACUACAACCCACGGUCUGACAGUCGACAACAACCCACGGUCUGACAGUCAACUACAACCCACGGUCUGACAGUCGACAUCAACCCACGGUCUGACAGUCAACUACAACCCACGGUCUGACAGUCAACUACAACCCACGGUCUGACAGUCAACUACAACCCACGGUCUGACAGUCAACUACAACCCACGGUCUGACAGUCUGGCUCGCUCCUUUCAUUCUGAGUAGGGCUGUCACACUUCACGUUUUGUCUGCUUGCCAUGAUACUUCAGAGUAUUGUGAAACUGGUAUCUCGAACCCUAAUUCUGAGUAGUGGAUUUAUGCCAUGUUCUGGUCAACUAUAUAAUCCUGUCCUCUUCUGCAUGGUGCUGUCUGUUCCACCCAUGCUACUUAUUCCACUCUAACUCAGCUAAUCACGUGGCUGGUAUUUACUGACUGGAUGGUAUUUACUAAGCCAAUAUUGUGAGCAGUUUUUAUCACUACAUUAUCUGGGCAGGAUAUCUUUUGGACAAGGUCAAGUGCAUUAAGGAGAGUGUCUCAGCGUUCCUAUUACUGUACCACCAUCACUUAGUCGUUGUUUGAUGUUGUCCCUACCUACUUCAGAUGAGGCCUCUCUGUGAUGCUGGGUUCUUUAUUUUGUCAUUGACCCUAGAAGAGCUGCCAGGUCUAAGAACAUGCAGAAUGCAACUGUCACUGCUCUCUCUCCAUUCUGUAAUCGAUUGAACCUGAGAAGUUCUUCUCUACUGAAAACCUCUUCUAAUGCAACUACAACGCAGAAGGCAGAACGCAGGAGAGAAGUGUCAUGUCACUCUCCCCUCUCUCCAUCUCCGUAGCAGAAUAGAACAUUUCCUUCUCUGGUUGAAGUGCCUAACAUUCAAAGUCGAGAGGCAGGAAGUGGUGUAGCAGGUGUAGCGUGCUUGUGCUUGAACAGGAAGCUAUGAUCACAGAAUGUAUACUAACCCCUAACAACGCCCUGUAGGCUGUGAUGUAACUCUAUAGGCUCCGCCCACCUCCACCCAGGCUCUGCCCGCCUCCACCCAGGCUCCGCCCACCUCCACCCAGGCUCCGCCCGCCUCCACCCAGGCUCCGCCCGCCUCCACUCUUCACCUCCUUCUCAUCUGAAGUCCUCAACAGAGCUUCAGAGCUUCAGACACAGAGGAGGAUGAUGAUUGUACCACAACAGCCACUCUCUUCUUCCUAGCUUUCUAUCUCCACCCUCAACUGUCCCACCAACUACUGCCUCUUCAAACAUCUUCCACAGUUCCACUGCUUCUCAGCCAGGCUCCCCAGCCGUCAGUACUGUACUAUAGACAUCAGAUCUGAGCCAGGCUCCCCAGCCGUCAGUACUGUACUAUAGACAUCAGAUCUGAGCCAGGCUCCCCAGCCGUCAGUACUGUACUAUAGACAUCAGAUCUGAGCCAGGCUCCCCAGCCGUCAGUACUGUACUAUAGACAUCAGAUCUGAGCCAGGCUCCCCAGCCGUCAGUACUGUACUAUAGACAUCAGAUCUGAGCCAGGCUCCCCAGCCUGUACUGUACUAUAGACAUCAGAUCUGAGCCAGGCUCCCCAGCCGAUGCAAUGAUUCGUGAUGAGAACACAAAAACAAAACACAAGAGCAUUAUGUAACAUCCUCCCCGCUCCUCACCGUACUCUCUCCAGAUCAGAAGUGACAGGAGGAAAUCUACUGUUUAGAGUUCUUUCACUGGAGCAUCAUUACAUUUACAGAGCUGUUUGUUUACAGAGAGGCACUGCGAUGGGAUGACGUGCUUCACUGGGCCUCGCCUGGAGCUCAGAGCCCUCGCUGUCUCCACAUCACACAAAAACGUUUACAGCGGGAUCACUACCAAUUAGACCUCAGUGUACCUCUCAGUGUUAGCCAGGGUUACAUAGUGUAGUACAGUCCAGUUUACUGACCCUGCAGAACAGAGACUUGGACAUGGAAAACAACACCAGAGCUCCAUGGUCAGUUCAGUCCACUUUGGUGUUAGCCCAGAUCUGAAACAGCUGUGUGAUGAUUAGCGGUGUUUAUCAAAUUGAUAGCAGAAAACAGAUUUCUGUUCUGAUAACACCUCCCAACUGUAACAACAAGGGGACAGGACUGGGAGGUUGUCGAAGACCACAGGAAACUACUAUACUUGAUACUAACGUAUAUCUCUCUUUCUUUGUUCUCCGCUCCCCAGGUAACAUCAUUGGCUCGGGGAUCUUCAUCUCUCCCAAGGGGGUUUUGGAGCAUGCUGGUUCGGUGGGCCUGUCCCUCAUCGUAUGGGUGUGUGGAGGGGGUAUCUGCGCCCUGGGUUCCAUGUGUUACGCUGAGCUGGGGGUCACCAUCCCCAAGUCAGGGGGAGACUACUCCUACGUCACAGAGAUAUUCGGAGGCCUGGUGGGGUACGUGUCUAUUUCCAUGUCCACAAUCCUGAUUAAGGGUUGCAAAAAAUCCAGUAACUUUCCCCAAAAUUCCCAGGUUUUCCAUAAACAUCCAGGGCCCAUCGCAGAGAAGUGAAGAGUUUCAUUCCAAAACGCGAUAUAUACAUUUUCAGAAAUGUUGGUAAAUUGACACUAAUUAAAAACAAAUAUUGUGAAAGAGAUCUAUUAUUUUUUCAUCUUACCAUGACAUGGGCCAGUGAAAAGAGACAUGAUGAAUCUUACCAUGACAUGGGCCAGUGAAAAGAGACAUGAUGAAUCUUACCAUGACAUGGGCUAGUGAAAAGAGACAUGAUGAAUCUUACCAUGACAUGGGCCAGUGAAAAGAGACAUGAUGAAUCUUACCAUGACAUGGGCUAGUGAAAAGACUGAGAUGAUGAAUCUUACCAUGACAUGGGCUAGUGAAAAGACUGAGAUGAUGAAUCUUACCAUGACAUGGGCCAGUGAAAAGAGACAUGAUGAAUCUUACCAUGACAUGGGCCAGUGAAAAGAGACAUACAUGAUGAAUCUUACCAUGACAUGGGCCAGUGAAAAGAGACAUGAUGAAUCUUACCAUGACAUGGGCCAGUGAAAAGAGACAUACAUGAUGAAUCUUACCAUGACAUGGGCCAGUGAAAAGAGACAUACAUGAUGAAUCUUACCAUGACAUGGGCCAGUGAAAAGAGACAUGAUGAAUCUUACCAUGACAUGGGCUAGUGAAAAGACUGACAUGAUGAAUCUUACCAUGACAUGGGCCAGUGAAAAGAGACAUGAUGAAUCUUACCAUGACAUGGGCUAGUGAAAAGACUGACAUGAUUUUGUUUGAAAUAUAUUGCAUUUUAGAGAGCCAAAUAACCAUGUUUUUAUGGUAAAACGCUAUAUAUAUACCCUGAUUGGGUUUAAAACAGUUACAUGUAAUAAAAUAUCGAUACAUAAAUAAAUAAAUAUUAAAAUAAUCAAUUUGUUUUAACUAUAUUGUGCAAAUAUCACAUAGACAAUUUAUUUCAUCCAGAGGAAAGUAUUCAGACCCCUUCCCUUAUUCCACAUUUUGUUAGAUUACAGCCUUAUUCUAAAAUGGAUUAAAUAAAACAUGUUCCUCAUCAAUCUACACACAAUAUCCCAUAAUGAUUUUUGCAAAUCUAUAAAAAAAACGAAAUACCUUAUUUACAUAAGUAUUCAGACCCUUUUCUAUGAGACUUGAAAUUGAGCUCAGGUGCAUCCUGUUUCCAUUGAUCAUCCUUGAGAUGUUUCUACAACUUGAUUUGAGUCCACCUGUGGUAAAUUCAAUCGAUUGGACAUGAUUUGGAAAGGCACACACCUGUCUAUAUAAGGUCCCACAGUUGACAGUGCAUGUCAGAGCAAAAACCAAACCAUGAGGUCGAAGGAAUUGGCCGUAGAGCUCCAAGACAGGAUUGUCGAGGCACAGAUCUGGGGAAGGGUACCAAAAAAUGUCUGCAGCAUUGAAGGUCCCCAAGAACACAGUGGCCUCCAUCAUUCUUAAAUGGAAGACGUUUGGAACCACCAAGACUCUUCCUAGAGCUGGCCACCCGGCCAAACUGAGCAAUCGGGGGAGAAGGGCCUUGGUCAGGGAGGUGACCAAGAACCAGAUGGUCACUCUGACAGAGCUCCAGAGUUAUUCUAUGGAGAUGGGAGAACCUUCCAGAAUGACAACCAUCUCUGCAGCACUCCACCAAUCAGGCCUUUAUGGUAGAGUGGCCAGACGGAAGCCACUCCUCAGUAAAAGGCACGACAGUUUGUUUGGAGCUUGCCAAAAGGCACCUAAAGGACUCUCAGACCAUGAGAAACAAGAUUCUCUGGUCUGAUGAAACCAAGAUUGAACUCUUUGGCCUGAAUGCCAAGCGUCACGUCUGGAGGAAAACUGGCACCAUCCCUACGGUGAAGCAUGGUGGUGGCAGCAUCAUGCUGUGGGGAUGUUUUUCAGUGGCAGGGACUGGGAGACUAGUCAGGAUCAAGGGAAAUAUUAACAGAGCAAAGUACAGAGCGAUCCAUGAUGAAAACCUGCUCCAGAACGCUCAGUACCUCAGACUGGGGUGAAGGUUCACCUUCCAACAGGACAACGACCCUAAGCACACAGCCAAGACAACGCAGGAGUGGCUUCGGGACAAGUCUCUGAAUGUCCUUGAGUGGCCCAGCCAGAGCCCGGACUUGAACCCGAUCUAACAUCUCUGGAGAGACCUGAAAAUAGCUGUGCAGCGACGCUCCCCAUCCAACCUGACAGAGCUUGAGAGGAUCUGCAGAGAAGAAUGGGAGAAACUCCCCAAAUACAGGUGUGCCAAGCUUGUAGCGUCACACCCAAGAAGACUCGAGGCUGUAAUCGCUGCCAAAGGUGCUUCAACAAAGUACUGAGUAAAGGGUCUGAAUACUUAUGCAAAUAUCAUUUGUAUUUUAUUUUAUUUUUAUCAAUUUGCUAGAAUUUCUAAAAAACCGUUUUUGCUUUGUCAUUACGGGGUAUUGAGUGUAAUAAAAAUAUAUAGAUAUCACAGGCACCAACAGGAACAGAUAUCACUGGCUCCAACAGGAACAGAUAUCACUGGCUCCAACAGGACCAGAUAUCACUGGCUCCAACAGGAACAGAUAUCACUGGCUCCAACAGGCUCCAACAGGACCAGAUAUCACUGGCUCCAACAGGAACAGAUAUCACUGGCUCCAACAGGAACAGAUAUCACAGGCUCCAACAGGAACAGAUAUCACUGGCUCCAACAGGACCAGAUAUCACUGGCUCCAACAGGACCAGAUAUCACAGGCUCCAACAGGAACAGAUAUUACUGGCUCCAACAGGAACAGAUAUCACUGGCUCCAACAGGAACAGAUAUCACAGGCUCCAACAGGAACAGAUAUCACUGGCUCCAACAGGAACAGAUAUCACUGGCUCCAACAGGAACAGAUAUUACUGGCUCCAACAGGAACAGAUAUCACAGGCUCCAACAGGAACAGAUAUCACUGGCUCCAACAGGAACAGAUAUCACUGGCUCCAACAGGAACAGAUAUCACAGGCUCCAACAGGAACAGAUAUCACUGGCUCCAACAGGAACAGAUAUCACUGGCUCCAACAGGAACAGAUAUCACUGGCUCCAACAGGAACAGAUAUCACUGGCUCCAACAGGACCAGAUAUCACUGGCUCCAACAGGAACAGAUAUCACUGGCUCCAACAGGAACAGAUAUCACUGGCUCCAACAGGAACAGAUAUCACUGGCUCCAACAGGACCAGAUAUCACAGGCUCCAACAGGAACAGAUAUCACUGGCUCCAACAGGAACAGAUAUCACAGGCUCCAACAGGAACAGAUAUCACUGGCUCCAACAGGAACAGAUAUCACUGGCUCCAACAGGAACAGAUAUCACUGGCUCCAACAGGAACAGAUAUCACAGGCUCCAACAGGAACAGAUAUCACUGGCUCCAACAGGAACAGAUAUCACUGGCUCCAACAGGAACAGAUAUCACAGGCUCCAACAGGAACAUAUAUCACAGGCUCCAACAGGAACAGAUAUCACAGGCUCCAACAGGAACAGAUAUCACAGGCUCCAACAGGAACAGAUAUCACUGGCUCCAACAGGACCAGAUAUCACAGGCUCCAACAGGACCAGAUAUCACAGGCUCCAAACUGUGGAAAGAGAUCCAAAGUAAUCAAGAGGUCCAUGACACUCAAGAGCUCAAAGCUAACGUAAUGCUAAUUAGACAGUGCGCCACUAGCUGAGGGUGACAGCCAACUGGGCAAAAAAUGUUGACGUUGAAUCAACUGUGGAAAACUGAUUGGAUUUGCAAAAACUCGUCAACGUAAGGGCAUUUCGUCUUUUUUUUUCACCCAACUUUUAACAUAAAUCCAAUGACAUGGUGACAUUUGUUGUUGAUUUCACGUUGAAUUCAUGUUAGUUGACAACUCAACAAAAAACGUAAAUCAAAACUAGAUGUUCAACUGUCAUCUGUGCCCAGUGGGAGCUAUCUAUCACCGCAUCUGGCAGAACUAUAUAGAACGUUAUAGAUAUAGCCAAAGUUGAAUUUUAGAAUUGUCAUUAUUGUUCUAAUUCUAGACAUUCAGUUACAUAGCUUUUUUAAAAUGUAUUUUUAUUCCUCAUGUAAUGUAAUGGGGUGCUUAAAUGGCUGCCAUAGAAUAUUGAGGUGUCAUGUAGACUAAAUGCAUCAUGAUGCUCAUUCUGUUAACGGGAGCUAAAAUGGCUGCCAUAGAAUGUUAUUAAAUGCAUCAUAAAGCAGAAACCUCAAUGUCCCAACUCUCUAUAAACACAUGGCUCUGGAUAUAAUGCGUUUUGCGAAAAAAUAAAAAUAAAAACACAUUCAAAAGCACAUCUAAAGUAAAUGUUUUAAAAAGUUUGAUAACAGCCAUAAUUCAUACACAUAGGAAGGUGUAUACACAUGAUCAUUCAUUUCAGUUGAAAAAAAUGUAAAUGCAAAAAAAAAAGUGAGUUUAUUGCAUUUUGUAAUUAAACCCUUCAAGUGCUGAUCUAGGAUCAAGUCCCCUGUGUGCAUGUAAUCUUCCUCAUUAUGAUCUAAAAAAAAAAAAGAUCUUAGAUCAAUACUCCGACUCUGUAUGAAUACGGCCACAGAUCCUGGUCCUUCCUUCACUCCUCUCUACAUGGGCACCAGUAAUGCUGUGUUUACUGUGUAAGUGGAUUAGAUAUAAAAUUGUACUGAUAGUCCCAUGACACUCAUUUCAAGUGAGACUCUUAGUCCACAGAGAGAUGUCCCUUAGGUCUCCGAGGCAAGGAGACUCCCGGAGUUCAUGAAAAGGUCAAAUAGUUUGCCAUGCACUCUCCACAGAUGCCAUACAUUAUAAACAGUGUACAGUCUACAGUCUAUGCGUAUUCUGACCGUGUACACCCAGGCUGUCUACAUACAGUAUAAGGUAUAUAUAGUAUAAGAGUAUAGUUGAAGUCGGAAGUUUACGUACACCUUAGCCAAAUACAUUUAAACUCAGCUUUUCACAAUUCCUGACAUUUAAUCCUAGUAAAAAUUCCCUGUCUUAGGUCAGUUAGGAUCACCACUUUAUUUUAAGAAUGUGAAAUGUCACAAUAAUAGUAGAGAGAAUUAUUUAUUUCAGCUUUUAUUUCUUUCAUCACAUUCCCAGUGGGUCAGAAGUUUACAUACACUCGAUUAGUAUUUGUUAGCAUUGCCUUUAAAUUGUUUAACUUGGGUCAAAUGUUUUGGGUAGCCUUCCACAAGCUUCCCACAAUAAGUUGGGUAAAUUUUGACCCAUUCCUCCUGACAGAACGGGUGUAACUGAGUCAGGUUUGUAGGCCUCCUUGCUUUUUCAGUUCUGCCCACACAUUUUCUAUAGGAUUGAGGUCAGGGCUUUGUGAUGGCCACUCCAAUACCUUGACUUUGUUGUCCUUAAGCCAUUUUGCCACAACUUUGGAAGUAUGGUUGGGGUCAUUGUCCAUUUGGAAGACCCAUUUGCGACCAAGCUUUAACUUCCUGACUGAUGUCUUGAGAUGCUGCUUCAAUAUAUCCACAUAACUUUCCUUCCUCAUGAUGCCAUCUAUUUUGUGAAGUGCACCAGUCCCUCCUGCAGCAAAGCACCCCCACAGCAUGAUGCUGCCACCCCCGUGCUUCACAGUUGGGAUGGUGUUCUUCGGCUUGCAAGCUACCCCCUUUUUCCUCCAAACAUGACGAUGGUCAUUAUGGCCAAACAGUUCUAUUUUUGUUUCAUCAGACCAGAGGACAUUACUCCAAAAAGUACGAUCUUUGUCCCCAUGUGCAGUUGCAAACCAUAGUCUGUCUUUGUUAUGGUGGUUUUGGAGCAGUGGCUUCUUCCUUGCUGAGCGGCCUUUCAGGUUAUGUCAAUAUAUGACUUGUUUUACUGUGGAUAUAGAUACUUUUGUACCUGUUUACUCCAGCAUCUUCACAAGGUCAUUUGCUGUUGUUCUGGGAUUGAUUUGCACUUUUCGCACCAAAGUACGUUCAUCUCUAGGAGACAGAACGCAUCUCCUUCCUGAGCGGUAUGUCGGCUGCGUGGUCCUAUGGUGUUUAUACCAGACUUGUGGAGGUCUACCAUUUUUUUUCUGAGGUCUUGGCUGAUUUCUUUUGAUUUUCCCAUGAUGUCAAGCAAGGAGGCACUGAGUUUGAAGGUAGGCCUUGAAAUACAUCCACAGGUACACCUCCAAUUGACUCAAAUUAUGUCAAUUAGCCUAUCAGAAGCUUCUAAAGCCAUGACAUCAUUUUCUGGAAUUUUCCAAGCUGUUUAAAGGCACAGUCAACUUAGUGUAUGUAAACUUCUGACCCACUGGAAUUGUGAUACAGUGAAUUAUAAGUGAAAUCAUCUGUCUGUAAACAAUUGUUGGAAAAAUUACUUGUGUCAUGCACAAAGUAGAUGUCCCGACCAACUUGCCAAAAAUAUAGUUUGUUAACAAUACAUUUGUGGAUGAAGGAUGGGACUAAUAACAAAUAACAACAAAUAAUAACAAAGAUAGCUAAUAAUGUAAGCAUACUGUGUCCAUAAUAAGUAUAUAGGUUGUAUGUUGGGAGCUUUUGGGAAAGAGCACAGUUAGAAAGAUAUGGCAUUUAGAAGCAAACCGGAUGGACAUCAUGAAAAUGAUCGGAGAGGUUGAGAGUAGAAGAAGUUCAGGAGCAAAAAAAUAAAUAAAUAUAUAUUUUUUUAUAUAUAUAUAGAUAUAGAAUUAUUGUAAAAUUAACUCUGUCCAUAAGGUGUAGAUAGUAAGUAUAGACCGGAAGUAGAGGCCUGGGCGUUGUUGUUCACUAAUUUACUCCAAGUAGGGAAAGGAUGGUGGGGUUGAAAAGUAAUAAAGGGGAAUAUAUAUAUAAAAAAAACAAAAAAACAUGGGGGAUUGGAAGUGAUGCAGACAAUUACAUUGAUAGAAGAUACAAUCUAUCUGCAAUAUUAAGCUGAUCCAUCCCCCCGAAAAAAAUAAAUAAAAAAUAAAUAAAAAAUACAUUUGUGGAGUGGUUGAAAAAUGAGUUUUAAUGACUCCGACCUAAGUGUAUGUAAACGUCUGACUUCAACUGUAUCUAUUCUUUCUGUUGUCUCCCUGUAGGUUCCUGCUCCUAUGGAGUGCGGUUCUCAUCAUGUACCCCUGUUGUCUCCCUGUAGGUUCCUGCUCCUAUGGAGUGCGGUUCUCAUCAUGUACCCCUGUUGUCUCCCUGUAGGUUCCUGCUCCUAUGGAGUGCGGUUCUCAUCAUGUACCCCUGUUGUCUCCCUGUAGGUUCCUGCUCCUAUGGAGUGCGGUUCUCAUCAUGUACCCCUGUUGUCUCCCUGUAGGUUCCUGCUCCUAUGGAGUGCGGUUCUCAUCAUGUACCCCUGUUGUCUCCCUGUAGGUUCCUGCUCCUAUGGAGUGCGGUUCUCAUCAUGUACCCCACCACCCUGGCUGUCAUAGCUCUCACCUUCUCCAACUAUGUGCUGCAGCCGGCCUUCCAGAACUGUGUUCCCCCAUACCUGGCCACCAGGCUUCUCUCCACCAUCUGCAUAUGUAAGUCCAGAAUAAUAAUGACUAUUUAGUAGAAGUACAGUAAAAUAAUGACUAUUUAGUAGAAGUACAGAACAAUAAUGACUAUGUAGUAGAAGUACAGUAAAAUAAUGACUAUUUGGUAGUAGUACAGUAAAAUAAUGAGUAUUAAGUAGUAGUACAGAACAAUAAUGACUAUUUAGUAUAAGUACAGUAACAUAAUGACUAUUUAGUAGUAGCGCAGUGCACUGGUGACUAUUUAGUAGUAGUACAUUACAAUAAUGACUAUUCAGUAUAAUUACAGUACAAUAAUUACUAGUAGUAGUAGUACAGUAUAGUAAUGACUAUUUAGUAGUAGUAUAUAGUAUAUAGUACAAUAAUGACUAUUUACUGGAAGUACAUUACAAUAAUGACUAUUUAGUAGUAGUACAGUACAACAACUAUUUACUAGAAGUACAGUACAAUAAUGACUAGUAGUAGUAGUACAGUGUGAUAAUGACUAGUAGUAGUAGUACAGUAUGAUAAUGACUAGUAGUACAGUAUGAUAAUGACUAGUAGUAGUAGUACAGUAUGAUAAUGACUAGUAGUACAGUAUGAUAAUGACUAGUAGUAGUAGUACAGUAUGAUAAUGACUAGUAGUAGUAGUACAGUGUGAUAAUGACUAGUAGUAGUAGUACAGUAUGAUAAUGACUAGUAGUAGUAGUACAGUAUGAUAAUGACUAGUAGUAGUAGUACAGCAUGAUAAUGACUAGUAGUAGUAGUACAGUAUGAUAAUGACUAGUAGUAGUAGUACAGUGUGAUAAUGACUAGUAGUAGUAGUACAGCAUGAUAAUGACUAGUAGUAGUAGUACAGUGUGAUAAUGACUAGUAGUAGUAGUACAGCAUGAUAAUGACUAGUAGUAGUAGUACAGUGUGAUAAUGACUAGUAGUAGUAGUACAGUGUGAUAAUGACUAGUAGUAGUAGUACAGUAUGAUAAUGACUAGUAGUAGUAGUAGUACAGUAUAAUAACGACUAGUAGUAGUAGUAGUACAGUGUGAUAAUGACUAGUAGUAGUAGUAGUACAGUAUGAUAAUGACUAGUAGUAGUAGUACAGUGUGAUAAUGACUAGUAGUACAGUAUGAUAAUGACUAGUAGUAGUAGUACAGUGUGAUAAUGACUAUCCACUACCUUUAACUUAGACCUGGAUGGCUCAAAUACGACAAAUCAUGGAAAUAUUUUUUACUUGAGUCAGGUGUGCUUGAUAUAGCUUUGAGCCCUUUUUUGGAGCUAUUCCAUUGGUUGCAUUGUACGGGGCUAAAUAAAGCACAUCUCAAGUAUUAGAACGAGUUUGCCUCUGAUAUACUGCCAUACUGCUAUAAUAUUAUGACAGCACAGUGUACCGCCUCCCAGCACCAUGCUGUCCAUGCUUCAGCCGUACUGCUAUAAUAUUAUGACAGCACAGUGUACCGCCUCCCAGCACCAUGCUGUCCAUGCUUCAGCCGUACUGCUAUAAUAUUAUGACAGCACAGUGUACCGCCUCCCAGCACCAUGCUGUCCAUGCUUCAGCCGUACUGCUAUAAUAUUAUGACAGCACAGUGUACCGCCUCCCAGCACCAUGCUGUCCAUGCUUCAGCCGUACUGCUAUAAUAUUAUGACAGCACAGUGUACCGCCUCCCAGCACCAUGCUGUCCAUGCUUCAGCCGUACUGCUAUAAUAUUAUGACAGCACAGUGUACCGCCUCCCAGCACCAUGCUGUCCAUGCUUCAGCCAUACUGCUAUAAUAUUAUGACAGCACAGUGUACCGCCUCCCAGCACCAUGCUGUCCAUGCUUCAGCCAUACUGCUAUAAUAUUAUGACAGCACAGUGUACCGCCUCCCAGCACCAUGCUGUCCAUGCUUCAGCCAUACUGCUAUAAUAUUAUGACAGCACAGUGUACCGCCUCCCAGCACCAUGCUGUCCAUGCUUCAGCCAUACUGCUAUAAUAUUAUGACAGCACAGUGUACCGCCUCCCAGCACCAUGCUGUCCAUGCUUCAGCCAUACUGCUAUAAUAUUAUGACAGCACAGUGUACCGCCUCCCAGCACCAUGCUGUCCAUGCUUCAGCCAUACUGCUAUAAUAUUAUGACAGCACAGUGUACCGCCUCCCAGCACCAUGCUGUCCAUGCUUCAGCCAUACUGCUAUAAUAUUAUGACAGCACAGUGUACCGCCUCCCAGCACCAUGCUGUCCAUGCUUCAGCCAUACUGUUAUAAUAUUAUGACAGCACAGUGUACCGCCUCCCAGCACCAUGCUGUCCAUGCUUCAGCCAUACUGCUAUAAUAUUAUGACAGCACAGUGUACCGCCUCCCAGCACCAUGCUGUCCAUGCUUCAGCCAUACUGCUAUAAUAUUAUGACAGCACAGUGUACCGCCUCCCAGCACCAUGCUGUCCAUGCUUCAGCCAUACUGCUAUAAUAUUAUGACAGCACAGUGUACCGCCUCCCAGCACCAUGCUGUCCAUGCUUCAGCCAUACUGCUAUAAUAUUAUGACAGCACAGUGUACCGCCUCCCAGCACCAUGCUGUCCAUGCUUCAGCCGUACUGCUAUAAUAUUAUGACAGCACAGUGUACCGCCUCCCAGCACCAUGCUGUCCAUGUUUCAGCCGUACUGCUAUAAUAUUAUGACAGCACAGUGUACCGCCUCCCAGCACCAUGCUGUCCAUGCUUCAGCCAUACUGCUAUAAUAUUAUGACAGCACAGUGUACCGCCUCCCAGCACCAUGCUGUCCAUGUUUCAGCCAUACUGCUAUAAUAUUAUGACAGCAGUGUACCGCCUCCCAGCACCAUGCUGUCCAUGCUUCAGCCAUACUGCUAUAAUAUUAUGACAGCACAGUGUACCGCCUCCCAGCACCAUGCUGUCCAUGCUUCAGCCGUACUGCUAUAAUAUUAUGACAGCACAGUGUACCGCCUCCCAGCACCAUGCUGUCCAUGCUUCAGCCGUACUGCUAUAAUAUUAUGACAGCACAGUGUACCGCCUCCCAGCACCAUGCUGUCCAUGCUUCAGCCAUACUGCUAUAAUAUUAUGGCAGCACAGUGUACCACCUCCCAGCACCAUGCUGUCCAUGCUUCAGCCAUACUGCUAUAAUAUUAUGACAGCACAGUGUACCGCCUCCCAGCACCAUGCUGUCCAUGCUUCAGCCAUACUGCUAUAAUAUUAUGACAGCACAGUGUACCGCCUCCCAGCACCAUGCUGUCCAUGCUUCAGCCAUACUGCUAUAAUAUUAUGACAGCACAGUGGCCAUAUGACAGUGACUCACACUGGGGUUUUUAAUUAGGACUAAAUGUGUCCCAAAUGCCACUCUUUUCCAUAUCUAGUGUAUGACUUUCGACAUGGGCUCAAAGGUAAUAGGGUUCAAUUUGGAACUCAGUGUUCCCCGUUGUGACACAUCUAUGUUGGUUAUCAGAUGUCUGGAGAGGACAGUGGCUGUAGUGGUAUUUGUAGUGUGUCUGAAUCCCAGCCAGCAGGGGCGUAGUUCUACAGCUGCACCGUCGAGAGCAUCCUGACCGGUUGCAUCACGCCUGGUAUGGCAACUGCUCGGCCUCCGACCUCAAGGCAGUACAGAGGGUAGUGCGUACGGUCCAGUGCAUCACUGGGGCCAAGCUUCCUGCCAUUUGCAUUGACCCCCCCCUUUGUUUUUACACUGCUGCUACUCACUGUUUAUUAUCUAUGCAUAGUCACUUUACCCCUACCUACAUGUACAAAUUACCUUGACUAACCUGUACCCCACACAUUGACUCGGUACCGGUACCCCCUGUAUAUAGCCUCAUUAUUGUUAUUUUAUUGUGUUACUUUUUUUAAUUUUCUACUCUAGUUUAUUUAGUAAAUAUUUUCUUAACUCUAUUUUCUUAAAACUGCUUUGUUGGUUAAGGGCUUGUAAGUAAGCAUUUUCACGGUAAGGUCUACUACACCUGUUGUAUUCGGCGCAUGUGACAAAUAAAAUUUGAUUUCAUUUGAUAGUAUCUAAUGAGGGUUGAGGCCUGUAUCCUGUAUAUAUGUAUAUGUCUGUCUGUCUGUCUGUCUGUCUGUCUGUCUGUCUGUCUGUCUGUCUGUCUGUCUGUCUGUCUGUCUGUCUGUCUGUCUGUCUGUCUGUCUGUCUGUCUGCCUGCCUGCCUGCCUGCCUGCCUGCCUGCCUGCCUGCCUGCCUGCCUGCCUGCCUGCCUGCCUGCCUGCCUGCCUGCCUGCCUGCCUGCCUGUCUGUCUGUCUGUCUGUCUGUCUGUCUGUCUGUCUACGUGCCUGCCUGCCUGCCUGCCUGUCUGUCUGUCUGUCUGUCUGUCUGUCUGUCUGUCUGUCUGUCUGUCUGUCUGUCUGUCUGUCUGUCUGUCUGUCUGUGUCAGCUGCUGGUUUGGGCUUGUCUAAACCGGAUGGAGCAGGGUAGGAGGAAGGUGUGUGUGUAGUGUGUAUGGCCCACCAUAACCCCCUGCAUGCGUUGCCAUAACAUCAUAUGCCUGUGGCCUUUGAACAUUCAAGGCGAUGCAGCACUAUUUCUGGAGACAGAAUGCGGAGCCUGUGACUUUAGUUAACCAGCCAGCCGGGGUGCUAGCGUGGGUUCCCUGGACGUCAGCGGAUAACUUUCCAUAAAUGGGGUGUGAGUGUGGUGGAGACGAGUCCCUGUGUUGCUGGCGCUCAUCACCUGAUCAGUGUGUGUGUCAGACCACGUAAUGGUGUGUGUGUGUUCACUGGAGGACUUUCUGCGGAACAGUGUGUGUGUGUGGGGGCGGUGGGGUGGGGGGGGGGGCGAGCUCCUGUGUUGGAGCCUGACCCGUCAGAGUGUGUGGGGUGGUGGGUGGUGGGGGGGGGGGGAGGGGGGGGGUAGCUCCUGUGUUGGGGAUUGUGUACCAGGCGGUGUGUGAGCGUGUGUCAGACUACGUAAUGGUACCAGCCUUUGACUCCACCGCUAAUAGGAGGGCAUGUCCUCAAGGCCAUUGUGUAUUGUUUCCACGGUUGCCGUGACAUUUGCUGUGAGACCCCUGUCACUGGGUGACAGGCAGGAGAAAGUGGGCGUGACGACCCUACUAACCAACCACGGAGGGACGCGCGGGGGCGGUCAAGAUCCUAUUGGCUAUUUGACAUUUAGACUGUUUAUAUGUCACAGCAGACAACUGAGAGAUCCCUUCUAGACACACAAUACCUCCUUUACAGUACCUCCUUUACAAUACCUCCUUUACAAUACCUCCUUUACAAUACCUCCUUUACAAUACCUCCUUUACAGUACCUCCUUUACAAUACCUCCUUUACAAUACCUCCUUUACAAUACCUCCUUUACAAUACCUCCUUUACAAUACCUCCUUUACAAUACCUCCUUUACAAUACCUCCUUUACAGUACCUCCUUUACAGUACCUCCUUUACAAUACCUACUUUACAGUACCUCCUUUACAAUACCUCCUUUACAAUACCUCCUUUACAGUACCUCCUUUACAGUACCUCCUUUACAAUACCUCCUUUACAAUACCUCCUUUACAAUACCUCCUUUACAAUACCUCCUUUACAAUACCUCAUUUACAAUACCUCCUUUACAAUACCUCCUUUACAGUACCUCCUUUACAGUACCUCCUUUACAGUACCUCCUUUACAAUACCUCCUUUACAAUAACUCCUUUACAAUACCUCCUUUACAAUACCUCCUUUACAAUACCUCCUUUACAAUACCUAAUUUACAGUACCUCCUUUACAGUACCUCCUUUACAAUACCUCCUUUACAAUACCUCCUUUACAAUACCUCCUUUACAAUACCUCCUUUACAAUACCUCCUUUACAGUACCUCCUUUACAAUACCUCCUUUACAAAGCCUCUCUACAGCGGACAAGGAAGGAACAUGGUCUGCAUCCCAAAUGGCACCCUAUUCCCUAUAUAGUGCACUACUUUAGACCAGAGAAUGGCACCCUUUUCCCUAUAUAGUGCACUAGUUUAGACCAGAGAAUGGCACCCUAUUCCCUAUAUAGUGCACUACUUUAGACCAGAGAAUGGCACCCUAUUCCCUAUAUAGUGCACUAGUUUAGACCAGAGAAUGGCACCCUAUUCCCUAUAUAGUGCACUAGUUUAGACCAGAGAAUGGUACCCUAUUCCCUAUAUAGUGCACUACUUUAGACCAGAGAAUGGCACCCUAUUCCCUAUAUAGUGCACUACUUUAGACCAGAGAAUGACACCCUAUUCCCUAUAUAGUGCACUAGUUUAGACCAGAGAAUGGCACCCUAUUCCCUAUAUAGUGCACUACUUUAGACCAGAGAAUGGCACCCAAUUCCCUAUAUAGUGCACUAGUUUAGACCAGAGAAUGACACCCUAUUCCCUAUAUAGUGCACUAGUUUAGACCAGAGAAUGGCACCCUAUUCCCUAUAUAGUGCACUACUGUUGACCAGAGAAUGGCACCCUAUUCCCUAUACAGUGCACUAGUUUAGACCAGGGGCCAUUGGGGAUCCAGACGGGGUCAUGUCAACGCAGGUCAGUGUUUUUCAUCAUUCAUCCUAUUCUUUAGGCAGCUCUGCAGUGGUCACUAGCUGGCACAGCCACAAAGUCAUACAAUCUGUCUUCAAAUAUUUACAUUUAUUUUAGUUAUUUCAGUCUGCCUUUAAACGUACUCUUGAAAGUUGUAAUAGUAGAAUGCACAAGGUGCAAUUUCUAAAUUGGGUAGCGCAUCAACAGUUCCUAUUGUCAUGUUAGUCAUUUCAGACCUUAGAGAGCUAUUUAUAACUUGUCAGAAAUGUCCAGAUAUACUAGCCCAUGUCAGCUUAUGUUUUCUUUAGCCCGUAUACAUUGUUGUCAUUUACUAGUCACUCAACCACUAUUUUUUUUAAAAAACAUUUUAGCAGACGCUCUUAUCCAGAGCGACUUACAGUAGUGAGCGCAUACGUUUUCACGCUGGUCCCCCGUGGGAAUCGAACCCACAAUCCUGGCGUUGCAAUUGCCAUGCUCUACCAAGUGAGACACACAGGACUAAAUAUCACAGGAAUACACAUUAGACAUGGCAAAAUGUAUAGGUCUGCAAGAAAAUUUGCUUUCAAACUGCAAAAUUGUCUUUGCACCCCAUCACAACAUUUGUAGAAUGGCAGGAAAUAAGCUUUAAACCUGCAAAAUUCUCUCCACCAACAAGAGGGGUGUGAACAGUUUGUAUCAUGAACAGUGCUUGUCCCCAUAGAAACAGACGUGGCGCAUGUGCACGUGUGGGGGGGGGGGGCACGGGAUGUUCCCCAAUGCUGGAGGAGGGGGCCCCGAGUGAAAAAGUUUGGGAACAUCUGGUCUAGUGGGUUUCAUUUCAUUCAAUUCAUUAUUAUUGCUGAAGCACAGUUCCCACUCAGCCCAGUCAAAACUGUUCGCUGCUCUGGCACCCCAAUGGUGGAACAAGCUCCCUCACGACGCCAGGACAGCGGAGUCACUCACCACCUUCUGGAGACAUUUGAAACCCCACCUCUUUAAGGAACACCUGGGAUAGGAUAAAGUAAUCCUUCUACCCCCCCCCCCCCCCCCCCCCCCCCCCAAAAAAAAAGUAAAGUGGUUAUCCCACUGGCUAUAAGGUGAAUGCACCAAUUUGUAAAUCGCUCUGGAUAAGAGCGUCUGCUAAAUGACAUAAAUGUAAAUGUAAUUAUCAAGACCCCAGUAGUGUUGUCUCUCCCAGACAGCCAAGGGGCCUCAACACAGUGUUGUCUCUCCCAGCCCCUCCCAGACAGCCCAGGGGCCUCAACACAGUGUUGUCUCUCCCAGCCCCUCUCCCAGACAGCCCAGGGGCCUCAACACAGUGUUGUCUCUCCCAGUCCCUCUCCCAGACAGCCCAGGGGCCUCAACACAGUGUUGUCUCUCCCAGUCCCCUCUCCCAGACAGCCAAGGGGCCUCAACACAGUGUUGUCUCUCCCAGUCCCUCUCCCAGACAGCCCAGGGGCCUCAACACAGUGUUGUCUCUCCCAGUCCCCUCUCCCAGACAGCCAAGGGGCCUCAACACAGUGUUGUCUCUCCCAGCCCCUCUCCCAGACAGCCCAGGGGCCUCAACACAGUGUUGUCUCUCCCAGCCCCUCUUCCAGACAGCCCAGGGGCCUCAACACAGUGUUGUCUCUCCCAGCCCCUCUCCCAGACAGCCCAGGGGCCUCAACACAGUGUUGUCUCUCCCAGCCCCUCUACCAGACAGCCCAGGGGCCUCAACACAGUGUUGUCUCUCCCAGUCCCAGCCCCUCUCCCAGACAGCCCAGAGGCCUCAACACAGUGUUGUCUCUCCCAGCCCCUCUCCCAGACAGCCCAGGGGCCUCAACACAGUGUUGUCUCUCCCAGCCCCUCUCCCAGACAGCCCAGGGGCCUCAACACAGUGUUGUCUCUCCCAGUCCCUCUCCCAGACAGCCCAGGGGCCUCAACACAGUGUUGUCUCUCCCAGCCCCUCUCCCAGACAGCCCAGGGGCCUCAACACAGUGUUGUCUCUCCCAGCCCCUCUUCCAGACAGCCCAGGGGCCUCAACACAGUGUUGUCUCUCCCAGCCCCUCUACCAGACAGCCCAGGGGCCUCAACACAGUGUUGUCUCUCCCAGUCCCCUCUCCCAGACAGCCCAGGGGCUUGAAUGUGCUUUAGGUGUGCUUCAUUUAGCUGUUAGCUUGGAAUUUGCACUUUUGGGACUAUUGCAUUGGUUUAAUUGUACCACUACCCGUUAACCGAUUCUAAAUACAAAGCUUUGAUGAUGAUGAUGAAUAUCAUGUGGUUCUGCCCCCUAUCACGUAGGAUCAUCAGUCCUGACAGCGUUGGUACAUAAUGAUGUCAUACUGCUCCUAUGUACCAGGUCAGCAGAACUGAUAUUAGAAAGAGUAUUCAGGCUUUACCUUUGACCUUUGACCUUUUAUUCAUUUAGCAGACGCUCUUAUCCAGAGUCACUUACAUGAGUUUAUUCAUCUUAAGCAAGCUAGAUGGGGACAACCAUAUCACGUUCACAGUCAGGACAACCAUAUCACGGUCACAGUCAGGACAACCAUAUCACGGUCACAGUCAGGACAACCAUAUCACGGUCACAGUCAGGACAACCAUAUCACGGUCACAGUCAGGACAACCAUAUCACGGUCACAGUCAGUCCAACCAUAUCACGGUCACAGUCAGGACAACCAUAUCACGGUCACAGUCAGGACAACCAUAUCACGGUCACAGUCAGGACAACCAUAUCACGGUCACAGUCAGGACAACCAUAUCACGGUCACAGUCAGUCCAACCAUAUCACGGGUCACAGUCAGACACAUUUCACGGGUCCCAGUCAGGACAACCAUAUCACGGUCACAGUUAAGGACAACCAUAUCACGGUCACAGUUAAGGACAAACCAUAUCACGGUCACAGUAGGAAACCAAUAUCACGGUCACGGUCAGGACAACAUAUUCACGGUUCACAUCAGGACAACCAUAUCACAGGUCACAGUCAGGACAACCAUAUCACGGUCACGUUUCAGGACAACCAUAUCACGGGUCACAGUAAGGAACAACCAUCGUAUCACGGUCCACGUCAGGACAAACAUCUCACGGUCACAGUCAGGACAAACCAUAUCACGGUCACGUAGACAACCAUAUCACGGUCACAGUCAGUCCAACCAUAUCCCGGUCACAGUCAGUCCAACAUAUCACGGUCACGUCAGUCCAACAUAUCCGUCACAGUCAGGACAAACAUAUCACGGUCACAGUCAGGACACAAUAGCACGGUACAGUCAGGACAACCAUAUCACGGUCACAGUCAGUCCAACCAUAUCACGGGUCACAGUCAGGACAACCCAUUAUCACGGUCCAGUCAGGACAACCAUAUCAACGGUAAGUCACAACCAUAUCACGGUCACAGUCAGGACAACCAUAUCACGGUCACAGUCAGGACAACCAUAUCACGGUCACGGGUCAGGACAAACCAUAUCACGGUCACAGUCAGGACAAACCAUAUCACGGUCACAGUCAGGACAAACAUAUCACGGUCACAGUCAGGACAACCAUAUCACGGUCACAGUCAGUCCAACCAUAUCACGGUCACGGUCAGUCCAACCAUAUCACGGUCACAGUCAGGACCAACCAUAUCACGGUCACAGUCAGGCACAACCAUAUCACGGUCACAGUCAGUCCAACCAUAUCACGGUCACAGUCAGGACAACCAUAUCACGGUCACAGUCAGUACAACCAUAUCACCGGUCACAGUCAGUGCAACCAUAUCACGGUUCACAGUCAGUCCAACCUAUCACGGUCACAGUCAGGACAACCAUAAUCACGGUCACAGUCAGUCCCAACCAUAUCACGGUCACAGUCAGUCCAAACCAUAUCACGGUCACAGUCAGUCCAACCAUAUCACGGUCACAGUCAGUACAACCAUAUCACGGUCACAGUCAGGACAACCAUAUCACGGUCACAGUCAGUCCAACUAUAUCACGGUCACAGUCAGUCCAACCAUAUCACGGUCACAGUCAGUACAACCAUAUCACGGUCACAGUCAGGACAACCAUAUCACGGUCACAGUCAGUACAACCAUAUCACGGUCACAGUCAGUACAACCAUAUCACGGUCACAGUCAGGACAACCAUAUCACGGUCACAGUCAGUCCAACCAUAUCACGGUCACAGUCAGUACAACCAUAUCACGGUCACAGUCAGUCCAACCAUAUCACGGUCACAGUCAGUACAACCAUAUCACGGUCACAGUCAGUACAACCAUAUCACGGUCACAGUCAGGACAACCAUAUCACGGUCACAGUCAGUCCAACCAUAUCACGGUCACAGUCAGUACAACUCUUCUCAACAAAGCAGCUGUCGGCAAAGUCAGUGUUAGUAAGACCAGCUGUCCUCCCCAAUCAGAACACAACAUAUACGCGUGUUUUACUCCAAUGUUUGUAAACAAAGUAAAUGUAGCCUAAAAAAACCCCCACUAUAUAUCCUCAAAACCUGGUUAAAACUAUAAUGUUGAUAUCAUGGAUGGUCAGUCCUUGCAUCCAUAGCUGUCUAUGAAUUUGAGAGAGGUUACAUUUCUCCAGGCCCAUCCUGCAGCUUUUUACCAAAACAGGGGUGGGGACAACGUUUUGGUAUUGUUUCUACUGCUGAUUCCUCCUUUAAACUGAUGUGUCAGUGGUGUAUGCUCACAGUCUCCUCUACUGGUAUGACUCCCGAGUGGCGCAGUGGUCUAAGGCAUCGCUGUGCUACUGGAGAUCCUGGUUCGAAUCCAGGCUCUGUCGUAGCCGGCCGUGACCGGGAGACCCAUGGGGCGGCGCACAAUUGGCCCAGCGUCGUCCAGGGUAGGGGAGGGAAUGGCCGGCAGGGAUGUAGCUCAGUUGGUAGAGCAUGGCGUUUGCAACGCCAGGAUUGUGGGUUCGAUUCCAACGGGGGACCAGUAUGAAAUUUUUUUAUAAAAUAAAAAUAAUAAUGUAUGCACUCACUAACUGUAAGUCGCUCUGGAUAAGAGUGUCUGCUAAAUGACUAAAAUGUCAAUGUAGUCACAGUCUGUUGCUUAACAAGGUUGGCAACCAUUCACAUCUGAUUCUACAUAAGUGCACUGCAUUAUAGUGCUUCAAUCAGCUCUAAAAUACUUAAUUCUAAUUCAAAAGAAAAUACAAUUUCCUGUAAGCUAAAUAAUGGCCUUGCAGUCAGUCAGUCGGUCAGCCAGCCAGCCAGUCUAUCAGUCAGUCAGUCUAUUAGUCAGUCAGUCUAUCAGUCAGAUAAGCACCUACUAAAUGGUGUAUUAUUAUUAUUAUAGCCCUCAGUCCUCACUGGUUCUAACUGCCAUGCCUCUAUGUCUUAGUAGCUACAGCUCCUCAGUCCUCACUGGUUCUAACUGCCAUGCCUCUAUGUCUUAGUAGCUACAGCUCCUCAGUCCUCACUGGUUCUAACUGCCAUGCCUCUAUGUCUUAGUAGCUACAGCUCCUCAGUCCUCACUGGUUCUAACUGCCAUGCCUCUAUGUCUUAGUAGCUACAGCUCCUCAGUCCUCACUGGUUCUAACUGCCAUGCCUCUAUGUCUUAGUAGCUACAUCUCCUCAGUCCUCACUGGUUCUAACUGCCAUGCCUCUAUGUCUUAGUAGCUACAGCUCCUCAGUCCUCACUGGUUCUAACUGCCAUGCCUCUAUGUCUUAGUAGCUACAGCUCCUCAGUCCUCACUGGUUCUAACUGCCAUGCCUCUAUGUCUUAGUAGCUACAGCUCCUCAGUCCUCACUGGUUCUAACUGCCAUGCCUCUAUGUCUUAGUAGCUACAGCUCCUCAGUCCUCACUGGUUCUAACUGCCAUGCCUCUAUGUCUUAGUAGCUACAGCUCCUCAGUCCUCACUGGUUCUAACUGCCAUGCCUCUAUGUCUUAGUAGCUACAGCUCCUCAGUCCUCACUGGUUCUAACUGCCAUGCCUCUAUGUCUUAGUAGCUACAGCUCCUCAGUCCUCACUGGUUCUAACUGCCAUGCCUCUAUGUCUUAGUAGCUACAGCUCCUCAGUCCUCACUGGUUCUAACUGCCAUGCCUCUAUGUCUUAGUAGCUACAGCUCCUCAGUCCUCACUGGUUCUAACUGCCAUGCCUCUAUGUCUUAGUAGCUACAGCUCCUCAGUCCUCACUGGUUCUAACUGCCAUGCCUCUAUGUCUUAGUAGCUACAGCUCCUCAGUCCUCACUGGUUCUAACUGCCACGCCUCUAUGUCUUAGUAGCUACAGCUCCUCAGUCCUCACUGGUUCUAACUGCCACGCCUCUAUGUCUUAGUAGCUACAGCUCCUCAGUCCUCACUGGUUCUAACUGCCAUGCCUCUAUGUCUUAGUAGCUACAGCUCCUCAGUCCUCACUGGUUCUAACUGCCAUGCCUCUAUGUCUUAGUAGCUACAGCUCCUCAGUCCUCACUGGUUCUAACUGCCAUGCCUCUAUGUCUUAGUAGCUACAGCUCCUCAGUCCUCACUGGUUCUAACUGCCAUGCCUCUAUGUCUUAGUAGCUACAGCUCCUCAGUCCUCACUGGUUCUAACUGCCAUGCCUCUAUGUCUUAGUAGCUACAGCUCCUCAGUCCUCACUGGUUCUAACUGCCAUGCCUCUAUGUCUUAGUAGCUACAGCUCCUCAGUCCUCACUGGUUCUAACUGCCAUGCCUCUAUGUCUUAGUAGCUACAGCUCCUCAGUCCUCACUGGUUCUAACUGCCACGCCUCUAUGUCUUAGUAGCUACAGCUCCUCAGUCCUCACUGGUUCUAACUGCCACGCCUCUAUAUCUUAGUAGCUACAGCUCCUCAGUCCUCACUGGUUCUAACUGCCAUGCCUCUAUGUCUUAGUAGCUACAGCUCCUCAGUCCUCACUGGGUCUAACUGCCAUGCCUCUAUGUCUUAGUAGCUACAGCUCCUCAGUCCUCACUGGUUCUAACUGCCAUGCCUCUAUGUCUUAGUAGCUACAGCUCCUCAGUCCUCACUGGUUCUAACUGCCAUGCCUCUAUGUCUUAGUAGCUCUACAGCUCCUCAGUCCUCAGGACUUCUGUGUCACUGAGGUAAUAUACUAUAUCCUGAUAUGUAGCUUUCGUGGCUUGGCCAGGUCAUCUCAGGUGUGGGUCACAAAGUCACAGGGAAUGGAAACAUUCACUACACUUACCCAUGUCUGAUGGACGGUCCGUUCCCGGUGCCAUAACGUUUAUGGGACCACACUGCUCUGUGACACCGGACCAACAAUCCGGUGGCAGACAGAGAGAGCCCCUUCCUAAAGGCCUGGGUUUUUCCAAAUGGCACCCUAUUCCCUAUAUAGUGCACUACUUUAGACCAGAGAAUGGUACCCUAUUCCCUAUAUAGUGCACUACUUUAGACCAGAGAAUGGCACCCUAUUCCCUAUAUAGUGCACUACUUUAGACCAGAGAAUGGCACCCUAUUCCCUAUAUAGUGCACUACUUUAGACCAGAGAAUGGCACCCUAUUCCCUAUAUAGUGCACUACUUUAGACCAGAGAAUGGCACCCUAUUCCCUAUAUAGUGCACUACUUUAGACCAGAGAAUGGCACCCUAUUCCCUAUAUAGUGCACUACUUUAGACCAGAGAAUGGCACCCUAUUCCCUAUAUAGUGCACUACUUUAGACCAGAGAAUGGCAUCCUAUUCCCUAUAUAGUGCACUACUUUAGACCAGAGAAUGGCACCCUAUUCCCUAUAUAGUGCACUACUUUAGACCAGAGAAUGGCACCCUAUUCCCUAUAUAGUGCACUACUUUAGACCGUAGUACACUAUAUAGGGCGACUCUAUUCUCUGUGUAUGUCAAUGACGUCGCUCUUGCUGCUGGUGACUCUCAGAUCCACCUCUACGCAGACGACACCAUUUUGUAUACAUCUGGCCCUUCAUUGGACACUGUGUUAACAAACCUCCAAACAAGCUUCAAUGCCAUACAACACUCCUUCCGUAGCCUCCAACUGCUCUUAAACACUAGUAAAACUAAAUGAAUGCUCUUCAACCGAACGCUGCUUGCACCCGCCCACCCGACUAGAAUCACUACUCUUGGCGGGUCUGACCUAGAGUAUGUGGACAACUACAAAUACCUAGGUGUCUGGUUAGACUGUAAACUCUCCAUUCAGACUCACAUUAAGCAUUUUCAAUCCAAAGUUAAAUCUAGAAUCGGCUUCCUAUUUCGCAACAAAGCCUCCUUCACUCAUGCUGCUAAACAUGCAAAUUGGAUGUAGUCUAUCACAGUGCCAUCCGUUUUGUCACCAAAGCCCCAUAUACUACCCACCAUUGUGACCUGUACGCUCUCGUUGGCUGGCCCUCACUACAUAUUCGUCGCCAAACCCACUGGCUCCAGGCCAUCUAUAAAUCACUUCUAGGCAAAUCCCCGCCUUAUCUUAGCUCACUGGUCACCAUAGCAACACCCCCCUGUAGUCUGUGCUCCAGCAGGUAUAUCUCACUGGUCAUCCCCAAAGCCAACACCUCCUUUGGCCGCCAGUUCUCUGCUGCCAAUGACUGGAACAAACUGCAAAAACCUCUGAAGCUGCAGACUCUUAUCUCCAUCACUAACUUUAAGCAUCAGUUGUCAGAGCAGCUUACCGAUCACUGCACCUGUACACAGCCCAUCUGUAAUUAGCCCACCCAACUACCUCAUCCCUAUAUUGUUAUUUAUUUUGCUAUUUUUCACCCGAGUAUCUCUAUUUGCACAUCAUCUCUUGCACAUCUAUCACUCCAGUGUUAAUACUAAAUUGUAAUUAUUUUGCACUAUGGCCUAUUUAUUGCCUUACCUCCAUAACUUACUACAUUAAAUAAAGGUGAAAUAAAAUAAAAAUAAAGAUUUGCACACACUGUAUAUAGAUUUUCUAUUGUGUUAUUGACUGUACAUUUUGUUUAUUCCAUAUGUAACUCUGUGUUGUUGUUUUUAUCGCACUGCUUUGCUUUAUCUUGGCCAGGUCGCAGUUGUAAAUGAGAACUUGUUCUCAACUGGCUUACCUGGUUAAAUAAAGGUGAAAUACAAAAAUAAAAAAUAUAUAGGGAAUAUGGUGCCAUUUCUUGUCCCCUGGGUUUUAUUUGUCUGCAUCGGAAGCAGUUUAUUUUGGGGGGUUAGGGGGACUGAGAACUGCUCUUUGGGGAGGAAGCAGUUUGGUUUGGGGGGUUAGGGGGACUGAGAACUGCUCUUUGGGGAGGAAGCAGUUUGUUUUGGGGGGUUAGGGGGACUGAGAACUGCUCUUUGGGGAGGAAGCAGUUUGUUUUGGGGGGUUAGGGGGACUGAGAACUGCUCUUUGGGGAGGAAGCAGUUUGUUUUGGGGGGUUAGGGGGACUGAGAACUGCUCUUCGGGGAGGAAGCAGUUUGUUUUGGAGGGUUAGGGGGUCUGACAGCCCCUCUUUGGGGAGGAAGCAGUUUGUUUUGGGGGGUUAGGGGGUCUGAGAACUGCUCUUUGGGGAGGAAGCAGUUUGUUUUGGGGGGUUAGGGGGUCUGAGAACUGCUCUUUGGGGAGGAAGCAGUUUGUUUUGGGGGGUUAGGGGGUCUGACAGCCCCUCUUUGGGGAGCCGGCACUUCUACCCCUCCCCUCCUCCUCUCCUGCCUCCUCCUGCCCCCCCUCUCCUCCUCUCCUGCCUCCUCCUGCCCCUCCUCUCCUCCUCUCCUGCCUCCUCCUGCCCCCCCCCUCCUCCUCUCCUGCCUCCUCCUGCCCCCCCUCUCCCCCUCUCCUGCCUCCUCCUGCCCCCGCUACCCCUCUCCCCCUCUCCUGCCUCCUCCUGCCCCCCCCCCCCCCUCCUCCUCUCCUGCCUCCUCCUGCCCCCCUCUAGCCCUGUGCGCCUCCUCUCCCUGGAGACAGACAACCUGCUGUGUCCCAGCUUGUUGCUGCUGUUACUCAACACAUUCACACCGCAAGUGGUUACAUACUACACUGGACUUAGGCAGGAAGCAUUAUUUCAUUCUGUGGAGGGAUACGAGACACCAGCCGGGCCCUCUGCCAGCCCAGCCAUGCUGUUCUGA